CGUGAAUUUAGAUGCUGCCGACAUCUCACGUAGUAUCCGGAUGAGGGACGACCAGAAAGGCCGAGAGCGGUUAUCUUAUCGGUGAGUCAGUCGAAAGAUUUGUGGCCGAAAUCGCCCCUCGAUUCCGUUUCCCGCCCCGCCGAACAAUUUAAACCUUUCCUUCUCCCUCGCUCUUCCCGCUUAGUUAAUUCCACUCUUCUCUGCUCGCUUUCCCCGGCUGCUGCUCCUGCUGUCUUUUCUCGUGCUCGUGUGCAGUCAAUUGCUUGUAGCCAGCAUGUGUGGUAUCUUCGCGUGUCACCGGCACCCCGAUGUGCAAAAAUUCAAGCCGACGGCUUUGCGCAUGGCCAAGGCUUUGCGCCAUCGCGGUCCCGAUUGGAGUGGAAACUUCAUUUCCGAGGGAACUCAGGGAACCGUCCUUGCCCACGAGCGUCUGAGUAUCGUCGGUGUCGACUCCGGCGCCCAGCCCCUGGUCAACGACGAUGGCUCCCUUGCCCUGGCCGUUAACGGCGAGAUCUAUAACCACCGUAUUCUGCGGAAGCACCUCAAGACCCAAUAUACCUUCAAGACCCACUCGGAUUGCGAAGUGAUCAUCCCUCUGUACAUGGAACAUGGCCUCGAUGCCCCCAAGUUCCUGGACGGCAUGUUCUCCUGGGUUCUCUAUGACAAGAAGGAGGACCGAGUUAUCGCCGCGCGCGACCCCAUUGGUAUCACCAGCUUCUACAUCGGCUGGUCUUCUCAGACUCCCGGUGCCGUCUUCUUCGGCUCCGAGCUGAAGUCGCUGCACCCCGUUUGCGACAAGAUUGAGGCUUUCCCUCCUGGCCACGUCUAUGACUCCAAGACCGGCGCCAUGAAGCGGUACUUCGAGCCCAACUGGUGGGACGCCGAGAAGAUUCCCUCCACCCCCGUCGACUAUAAGGUCAUCCGUCAUUCCUUGGAGAAGUCGGUGCGGAAGCGUCUGAUGGCUGAGGUUCCCUACGGUGUCCUGCUGUCCGGUGGUCUGGAUUCCAGCUUGGUUGCCUCCAUUGCCCAGCGUGAGAACCUGCGCUCGCAAGAAGCCGCCAAACAGGCGCUUGCGAACCAGACCGGCGACUCCGAGCUGGUUGGUAUCGAUGACAGCAACGAGUUGUCCAGCGUCACUACGUUCCAGCAAUUGCACUCUUUCUCCAUCGGUCUUCCCGGUGCCCCGGACACGGAAGCCGCCCUCGAGGUCGCCAAGUUCCUGGGAACGAAGCACCACGCCUUCACCUUCACCAUCGAGGAUGGUCUCAACGCUCUGUCGGAUGUCAUCUACCACCUGGAGACGUAUGAUGUCACCACCAUCCGUGCAUCCACCCCCAUGUACCUGCUGAGCCGGAAGAUCAAGGCCAUGGGUGUCAAGAUGGUUCUGAGCGGAGAGGGUAGCGACGAGAUCUUCGGUGGCUACCUUUACUUCCACGCUGCCCCCAACCGCGAGGAGUUCCACAAGGAAACCGUCCGGAGAGUGAAGAACCUGCAUUUGGCGGACUGCCUCCGCGCGAACAAGUCCACUUCCGCCUGGGGUCUGGAGGCCCGUGUUCCUUUCCUGGACAAGGAGUUCCUCGAGGUUACCAUGGGCACGGAUUCCAAGGACAAGAUGAUCACCAAGGACCGUAUCGAGAAGUACAUCCUGCGCAAGGCGUUUGACACCACCGAUGAGCCGGACAACAAGCCGUACCUGCCCGAGAAGAUCCUCUGGCGCCAGAAGGAACAGUUCAGCGACGGCGUUGGCUACAGCUGGAUCGAUGGUCUCAAGGACCAGGCUGAGUUGCAGGUCACCGACGAGAUGAUGAAGAACCCCAAGCCCGAGUGGGGCGACGACAUUCCCGACACCAAGGAAGCGUACUGGUACCGCACGAUGUUCGACGAGCACUUCCCGCCCUACUGCGCCGGCACGGUCGAGCGUUGGGUUCCCAAAUGGUCGAAACAGACCGAUCCCAGUGGCAGAGCCAUUUCCACCCACAACGCCAAGUACGACAGUGCCGAGUAAAAUGUAUGAAUGUUGGGAUGCUACCUGGGUUAGGUCUGGACUUUUGGCAUAGAAGCAUGCAUAGAUUCGUUACUACCUGAGAUGCUCAAUUUGGGACAUCAAAAAAGCGUUAUUCCGCCCGGGGCGAGGCCGAUGAGAUCGGUCUCGUCUCCCGGGAAACCAAAACAUAAUUGAUUUUCCUCAUUUCUAGGGGUGAAUAUCAGGCGGGGAAAGAAUCCCCGAAGUAGGUGUACAAACCUUGACCAUGAUUAGUGUUCGUAAACUAAGGCUGAAUUAAGUUCUUUGGUGGUGGUGAUCAUGGGCUGGAUCGGUCAGGAACCCAUGGAUGAGUCUACCGAUUCAGGCUGUUGCGUAGGACUGUGAACCGAACGGAGCAGCGGUCAAGUUGUAGGCAGGCAGUCUGAGAGAAAACCCCUGGAGGGAGG